AUGGCUCCGUCACUCCUUUCCUUGGGCACUGCGGCUCUGGCCUUGGCCGGCAACGGUGCCGCUGUCCAAUGGUAUCUCGAAGACACCUACGACUCGACCAACUUCUUCGACAAGUUCGAUUUUAUGACCUUUGACGAUCCUAACACAGGAUUCGUCAACUACCUGAGUCGUACGGACGCUAUCGAUGGCGGACUUGCCACGGUUAAGGAUAAAGAGGUCGUCCUUAAGGUUGACAGCAAGUCGAUUGUUCCAACAGGCCGCCGUGGUCGUGACAGUGUGAGGCUGGAGUCCAAGGCGAAACUUAGCCAGGGCCUUAUGAUUGCCCGAUUCACUCACCUGCCUGAGAGUGCGUGUGGUACUUGGCCUGCCUUUUGGACCGUCGGUGAUACCUGGCCGCAGGAUGGCGAGAUCGAUAUCAUCGAGAAUUGGAACCUCCGGGGCGUCAACAAUCCUGCCUUUCACAUGGCUAACGCAGCCACCUUUGGCAGUUGCAGGAUUGAUGGCGCAGGCCAAUCCGGCGAGAUUAUCACCUCCAACUGUGACAAUCAAUUCUCAGACGGCAGAACCCAGUGGCCUAACCAGGGCUGCGUAGUUAAGGAUAAUGGUCCUUCGGGUGGUAGUGGUGGCGUGUAUGCCAUGGAGUGGACCAGCGACUUCAUCAAGAUCUACUCGUGGUUCCCAAACCAGGUUCCCUCAAACAUUGAUUCUAGCUCUCCCGAUACUUCUCUUUGGGGUCAGCCGACCAUAUACCUGAGGAAAGAUCUUUGCAAUAUCGACAAGAUCUUCAAGCCCCAGCGAAUUGUCUUGAACAUUGCUUUGUGCGGUAACCCCGUUGAGUUUUCAGCAUGGGAGGGCACCUGCAAGCAGAGGCAUGGUGACAGCUGCCGAACAUACGUUGCCGAGAACCCUGCUGCCUUUGACAAUGUCUACUUCCAGAUUCAGGAUAUCCGUAUCUUCAACCAGGACGCCCCCAAGACUACUUCCACCACCGUGGCGUCGUCUUCCACAUCCAAGUCUGAGAUUUCCACAACCUCGGCCACAUUCAGCACCAAGGCCUCGUCCACGUCCACGUCUGUCACUUCUACCAUCUCGGCCACGUCGGGCUUCAAUAGUUCGUCUUCUGCUAUCUCUUCCGAGCUUAACACCGCCAACACAUCUAAGCAGACUACUGUUGCUACGUCAAGUGUCCAGAACACCUCGACCUGGAAAUCAUCUAACUCAACCUUGAGCACUGUGUCCAAGAGCGCUGGUUCUGCUAGCAUCAGCAUUACCUCCAAAGCCUCUGACUCUACGGUUCCGACCGUUGCUACCCAGCUUCCCGUCACCUUCUCAUCCUCGGUGCCCAGCUUGUCAACGAGGUGGCCCAACUCCACAAUUGCCUCUUCCGUUGAGAUGACCACCUCGACUGUGUAUACCACCUCUACUCGCACCAUCACCAGCUGCCAGCCAACCGUCACCAAUUGCCCCGUUGGCAAGGUCACCACUGUGACUGUCCCCCUGUACAUCACCAUCUGCCCCGUCUCUGCUGUUGAGACCAAGACCCCCAGCCCCAAGCCCACCAAGACUUCCGGCAACGGUGGUAACGGCCCUGAAAAGACCACCAUCACUACCAAGGUGACCAAGACUUUCACCAUUACUAGCUGUGCUCCCACCAUUACCAACUGUCCCGUUGGUAAGGUCACUACCGAAGUCGUCACCACCACGUACUGCCCCGGCGAGGAGACGGCGGUACCAACUGGCUCUAAUAGCGGUAACGGUAACGGUAGCAAUAGUGGCAUUAAUGGCAAUGGUGGUAAUCACGGUAACAGUGGCAAUAAUGGCAACGGCGGUAACAAUGGCAAUAGCGGCAAGGGCUCUGACAAGAUCACAAUCACUACCAAGGUGACCAAGACUUUCACCAUUACUAGCUGCGCUCCCACCAUUACCAACUGUCCCGUUGGUAAGGUCACUACCGAAGUCGUCACCACCACGUACUGCCCCGGCGAGGAGACGGCGGUACCAACUGGCUCUAAUAGCGGUAACGGUAACGGUAGCAAUAGUGGCAUUAAUGGCAAUGGUGGUAAUCACGGUAACAGUGGCAAUAAUGGCAACGGCGGUAACAAUGGCAAUAGCGGCAAGGGCUCUGACAAGAUCACAAUCACCACCAAGGUGACCAAGAUCUACACCAUCACCAGCUGCGCUCCUACUGUCACUAACUGCCCUGUCGGUAAGGUUACCACCGAAGUCGUCCCCACCACAUACCGCCCGGGCGAAGAGACACAUCCCACUGGAGCAACUGGUCCCAAGGGCGGAUUCACCGCUCCGCCCCCUUUCCAUCCCUCCAAGACCAUCAUCUACAAUACUCAGACCAUUGUUCCCGUUCCGAAGCCCGCCAAGCCCAGCGGCGGAAACAACAGCACCUCCAACGGCACCAGCAUCGCCCAGCCUCGACCCAGCGGCUCCCAGGUCUGUGUCGGGCCCUCGUGCGGCGCGGAGCCCAGCAGCCCUGCACCCAAUACCGGCAAGGGGGGCUGCAACGGUCCCAACUGCCCUCCUACUGUUGUCAGCGGUGCUGCCAAGCAGAGUCUGAGUGCCCUCGUUGUCCUCGGUGCCGUCGCCGCUAUGAUGCUGUAA